UUACAACUCGUACAACCCUAGCCGCAGCGGGGCGCCAGUCACGUGGCUCUCCUCUCAUCCGUUGUCUGCCGCUGUGCCGCCGUGCCGCUGCUCCACCUUUUCCUUUUCGGCGGACGCUUCUCGUGGCGAUCUGCCAGGCUUCGUCAGGAACGACAGGAAGAUGGAUGGAUGGAUGAAAACGUUUAUUGAAAAGCAAAUCUAAAAGAGCUCCGACGACCGAAGUCAUCGCAGCGCGGUGACCUUGUGGCCUGUGGCGUCGUCUUUUAGGGCAAGCUUUUAGGCCAUCGGGCAAGCGAGAUCGUCGCUCGUCGGGCAUGCACGUUCCUCUUUAACCGACAAGAUCAUUUUACGCCAGACGCGUUUGAAAGACACCAAACAGGCGGAAAACGCAAGCUAAAACCGAACGCCGUACCUUCGAUUUUCGCGCACUUGAAACUACGGACGCAUGCAAGGCGGCCUCCCCGACAUAGAUCUGUGUGAUGUGAUGCAAAUAUGUAGCCUGGGAGCUCGGCUGUGAGCGUCGAAGCAGUCAUGGCAAUGGCUGAAGGUGGCGCAAGCAUGCAGCCUUGGAGCCCAGCCGUGAGUGACGAAUCAACCUCGGCAAUGGCCGAAGGUGGCGCAAGCAUGCAGCCUUGGAGCCCGGCCAUGAGCUGCGAAGCAAUCUUGGCAAUGGCUGAAGAUGGCGCAAGCAUGCAGCCUUGGAGCCCAGCCGUGAGUGACGAAUCAACCUCGGCAAUGGCCGAAGGUGAUGGAGCUGCAUCAUUGGGGAAAACCAGCAGUCCUUUGAAAGCCACUGAGGACAUCUUGUUCAGAUGCUGUUCCUGCACCUAUGUCAGCAGAGAUCAGCGUGGAAUCGUGAGCCACCUGGUUGCCCAUGGUGAUGAACAAUUCAAGAGCUAUCAUCCUUCUAUGUCCUCUGGCUCUAUGUCCAAAGUGCCAAGCAACAUUCAAAAGCACAAACGUGAUAAGUUGUUCAAGUGCACACUGUGUUCUCUAGCCUUUGCUCAUAAUUACCGACUGACCAGGCAUUAUCAAACACACACAGGUGAAAAACCAUAUAAGUGCGAGCUCUGCCAAAAAGCCUUUGCUCGGGAAUCACAGCUGAGAGACCAUAAUCAGACACAUACUGGUGAAAAGCCCUUUAAGUGCAUGCUUUGCUCAAAAGCCUUUGCUCGUAAUGCAAAUUUGAGAGUCCAUAUUCAAACACACACUGGUGAAAAGCCAUUUAACUGCAAGGUCUGCACACAAGCCUUUCCUCGGAAAUCAGAUCUGAGAAGACAUUACGAUACACACACUGGUGAAAAGCCAUUUAAGUGCCAGCUUUGCACCCAAGCCUUUGCUCGGAAUGUAUAUCUGAGAGACCAUUUCAAACACACACUGGUGAAAAGCCAUUUAAAUGCAAGAUUUGCUCACAAUCGUUUACUCGGAAUUCAGAUCUGAAAAAGCAUAACCAAACACACACCGGUGAAAAGCCAUUUAAGUGCGAGCUUUGCCCAAAAGCCUUUGCCCGUUAUUUCGAUCUGAGAAGGCAUAACCAAACGCACUUGGGUGAAAAGCCAUUUAAGUGCAAGCUUUCCACCCCAAGCCUUUACUUGGAAUGCACAUCUGAGUAGCCAUAAUCAAACGCACAGGUGAAAAGCCUUUUAAGUGCAAGCUAUGCCCCCAAGCCUUUUUUCAAAAUUUCUAUCUGCCCACCAUAGUCGAACACACACAGUGGAGAAACCAUUCGCAAAGUGUUUUUUCAGCCACAUAGUGUUCAAAAACCUUACAGAGGCACACAUGCCGAAUGCCUUGCUGUUGACCUGUAAGUUGAGCCUGCCAUGCUUUAUAAUCUGCGUAAUAAUUUCACUCAUGCGGAACUGUGUGCUAUUUUGAUUUAAAUGUACAUAUACCUUAGAGCAAGAUAAAUCUCAAGGUCGUUGCUCAGAAUAAUUGGUUAAGUUAACCUCGCCAGACUGAAGUGCUUAUGCUCAAUAAGCCUUACAAAAGCCAGCAGUGUCCUAUGUCAAUUUCUAAACGGUCUUCCUCAUCAGGCGCAUGCCAACAGAUGAGGUUGACAAACCCUAGGGUCAUUUUCAUGAAAACACUGGCAGCAAAUAACUUUUUCAAAUGCCUUUAAUAUCUGAGAAAGUUCAUUCUAAAUUCCGACGUGGUGGGUCACAAAGAUUGUGCACGCAGAGCCCGACUGUCUGCCAUAUUGCUCCCAAGACUUUUGCCCAAAUCCCACCGUCUGUCAUCACGCAAAUGUAUUGGGGAGUAGGGAAGGAUUCCUUGCCAGCUGCAAUCUAGAGGCUGGGCAAUGUAAUGGGAGUCUUACGUUUUUUAAAGCAGUAUACUCUUCAUGUUCAUCUGAGUGCGCAUUGGGUCAUGCUUUGGCUCUUCCGAGUUCCUUUGCACUCGCCCGAGGUGUACUCCUUUGAGGUGUGGUCCAUUAUGUUUGUAAAAAUGUCUGUAUUGUUUUCUUUUGAUAGAGCUACUGUUUUUGUGGAAUAAACAAACUUGCAAAAAAGUAAACAUGAUUAAAAAUAGUCAAACUCAGUUUUGCUGUGAAGAAAAAUAAAAGGUUGGCCGUCUCAA